AACGACCUGAUACCCAUUCAAGACAAACAGUUGUGAAAAUAGAAACUACAAAAAUGGCAGCUGCUAUGGACAUUGACGAUUCGGAAGAUAUUGGGGAGCCUUCUGGAAUUGGCUGUGAUAAAAGCAACAAAAAACGAUUUGAAGUUAAAAAGUGGAAUGCUGUAGCACUUUGGGCCUGGGAUAUUGUCGUUGACAAUUGUGCUAUUUGCCGAAAUCACAUUAUGGACUUGUGUAUUGAGUGUCAAGCAAAUCAGGCUUCUGCAACUAGUGAAGAAUGUACAGUAGCUUGGGGUGUCUGUAACCAUGCAUUCCAUUUCCACUGUAUCACAAGAUGGUUGAAGACUCGACAGGUUUGUCCCCUUGACAACCGAGAGUGGGAGUUUCAAAAGUAUGGCCACUGAAUUGCGGAAAAUAGGAAAAGAAGUAAUUGUUUUUUGGUUCUAUGUGGAAUACAUUUUCUGUCAGCAGGGAUAGCUCUGGCACUCGCCAAAUUCGCCAAUUGCAAAUUUUAAACACAACUGGCGAAUUUUAUUUGAAUUUGGCGAAAGAAUUUCAUGUAUUGAUUGAUAUUUUGGUGAAAAUGAUGGUUGGUUUCUGCAAUUUUUAGAGUUUAAUGGAUAAAUUUGGCAAAAUGUUCUACACACCCAGAGCUAGCCCUGGUCAAGAUGGUUUAUUGGCCAUUAAACUUUGGUCAAACAUUGCACAUGAUGGUACUUCAGCUACGGGUUGGGGCUAGAACAAGCAAGGGUAUAGACUGGACUGAAAGCAUUAUUAGCCAUUUGACUAAUAUUUAUUUUGUAAUGUUUAGACUAUUUAUAUCAUACAUAUUGUGUUUAUAUUUGGUAUGAGUGUCCAUCAAAUAAUAAAGUGUGAUGUUCAAAUUUGGUAUAAAUUGUUUGCAAAUUGAAAAGGCGAUCAGAGGAAUUCCCCAGGUCCAAUUUUUUAAUUUAAAAUUUGGUUUACAAUAACACCCGCAAAUCUAAAAAUUCAAUAUGGUUAUGUCCAUUGUAAACUGAAUAGUUUUUCUACAGAACUGACUGUAUAUUUGGUAUUUCUUGAAAAAAAUACCUGGCUACAAUCUAACUGUAGACCCUUGAAUCAUCAAUUUCGCCCGUUCUAAUUGCUAAUAACGUCAUUAGCUUUCCGGGUGUUAUUGCCUAUUUGAUCCCGGAAAAUUAAUGUAAUUAACCAAUCACAAUACAGAAUGCACUCACUGUCUCUUUACAAUUUGGUAUAAAUUGUUUGACAAUUGAAAUGCCCAUCAGAGGAAUUCCCCAGGUCCAAUUUUCAAAUUUAAAAUUUGGUUUAGUUUCUGAAAUUUAUUAAAUUGUGAAUUACAUUCUCAAGAUUUAGUCUUUGAGGCAAUUUAGACCAUGGUAUAAGGGUCAUUCAUGUUGAAAUCACAGGAACAAAAUGUGCAAGUUUCAUAGUGCACUAUGUAUCCAAUGUUCUGCAGUUAGAAUGAGAAGAUACAUAUGGUAUUUGUCAGGAAUAUUUAAAAAAUGUUGUCAUGUUCAACCAGUAUAAUUGCGUUAAAUUGUCUGAAUGCAAAUAAAAUUUAAUUAUUGUGAA